GGCUGGGCAAUUUUUGUGGGCAGCGGUACGCCGCAUGGAUGGCUGCCAGGCGAUGUUGAUGGUGCCAUAGCCGCCGCGGGGCUGCCCGAGCAUCGAUGCGGCGGCUCCCACGCCGUGCGGCGGCGGAAAGCCGUGGUGGCGGCAGGCGUCCGGUCGUGCUGCCGCGGCUCCUCGCCCUGCUCGCCGCCGCCGCCGCGACGCCCUGGCCGCGGGACGCCUCGCAAGUGGUCCACGACCGCUACGACAUCAUUUUUUGUCACCCGCCCGACGCCGGCCGGUCCCUGAACGACCGCGUCGCGAAGCUCGUCGCGCAGAAGCCGCCGCAUAAACGGUGCUACGCGCGCGCGCCGAACCGCACGCAACAUAUCGUGACCAACCUGCUCCUGAACGCGAGCGAGGUGCGCGCGCUUGACAUGAAGACGCUGCCCCGGCACCCGACGUUCUGGGUGCCGCUGCGCUUCGCGACCAAGGCCGACGCGCUGACCGCCAUUUGCACGUUCGCGAACGUCACGGCGCCCCUGCUCCAGCGGGCGGACCAUGUCGCAUCUUAUACGUUACUGACGUUGCCCUACCCGACUGGAGAACAUGGAUCGCCCUGGGACCGCGCCUACGCGAAGCACGGCCACGAGGGCUGCGCCCCAGCUUUAAUGGAAAUGCUCGCCGACGAGUCGAAGCUGAGCGCCUGGUUCGUCAUGGACCACGACAGCGCCAUCGAGGACGCGAGGAACUCGACGAAAGGCAAGCCAGAACUCCACGAGACGUGGGUCGCGCGGCCCAAAUUAAGGCACGUGCCCAUGGGCGUGUCGCGACGGAGCCCGGCCUUCGCCGCCGCCUUGGCUUCCCGGAAAGUUCCGUUCCACGCGCGCAAUGGCUCGCUGUACGUUAAUUUCAGGGUGCACGGCCUGAACCGCGCGACGGCCAAGUCCGUAGUUCAGGAGAACUUCGGCGUCAAGAAUGCGUACUACGGUGGCACCGACGAGACGUAUUUCGCGGACCUGCUCCGGACGCCCUUUGUCGUGUCCCCGCGCGGGUCCAAGAUCGACUGCCACCGGCACUGGGAGGCGUUGGCCCUCGGGGCGGCGCCCAUCGUCCUCGACUCGCCGCUGACGCGCGAGCUGUUUUAUGGAUUGCCUGCUCUUUUGUUGGAGUCGUGGGACGCGCUGACGCCCGAUUUACUAAGAGCGCACCAGAAGGUUCUCAAAGCCGUCGAGACGCACGGCGGGGGCUUCGAUUGGGCCAGGCUCUCGAUCGAGCGGUGGCGGACGGAGGUCGCGGAAGCACGGCCCUUCGCGCCGUCGUGCGGCGACGACGGUCGCUGGCGCCACGCGGGCCACGCGGGCCACGACUGCGCCUGGGUCGGCGCGAGCCCGGCCUGGCGCUGCAAGGUGCGCGGCGAGGACUCGAGCGUCGCCGCGGCCGCGUGCGCGACUUCGUGUGCCGAAACGUGCCGGGCGUCGCUCCGGGCGGACCAGGCCUGCCAGGUGCGGGACUUGCGGUGCAGCGGGAGGAUUGAAUUGUAAAAAUGUG